CUGAUGCGAAAAUCUUGCCUUCCGUUUUCAACAUCUCGGUACGCACGCGUAUCCAACUCUUUCCCCGAGAUGAUUCCAGCUGCAAAAAGCAUGCCGCUUAAGUUACACGAACAACAAUACUGGAUACAUCUUUUUGCCACUAUGAUUCUGACAUAAUUUCAGCGAACCCUAUGUUGCAAGCGUGAAUUACUCGUUUUGAACCGGGAAGUUGUAAAGCCAGCUUGAGCUGAGGAACUUUGCCAGCCUCUGCUUUUCGCACCUGACGUACUGAGACGGGAGUUUGGUCGAGCGGGGAAAUCUUAAUACAGACUUUUCUUGACUCAAGGAUCGCAUGGUAAAGAAGGUUAAUAAUCCAACAAUUGCAAUAUUUCUUCUUUAGGUGAUGGUUUUCUUCCGGGCGGUUUUGCGUGAAGGAAAAUAUCUUGCUUUGAUGCUGCCCUGUUAUUUUUGACAAUGGAAAAGAAAUGAAGGAGGCAUCUAUCUGGAUCAAUUAAGAGCAUUACGACAGGAUGCGGGAGCGAGAUCUACGGAGCAUGUGCAGAAGAGUGCUGCUGCUCACUUUCUGUCUGCUGUCUGUGUGGGGCCAGAUGACCCUCGCCUUAUCCUACCGCAGCCACGUAGUUCAGCAUGUGAAGGCGGGGACCUGCGAGGUGAUCGCGGCACACCGCUGCUGCAACAAAAACAAGAUCGAGGAACGAUCGCAGACUGUCAAGUGCUCCUGUUUACCCGGGCAGGUUGCCGGGACGACCAGAGCUGCCCCGUCAUGCGUGGAGGCGUCCAUAGUAGUCCAGAAGUGGUGGUGCCAGAUGCACCCUUGCAUGGAUGGUGAAGACUGCAAAGUGUUGCCAGAUUUCAAAGGCUGGAGCUGCAGCAUGGGGAACAAAGUCAAAACCACCAAGGUCACAGCAUAGUCUGAGAUCCAAACGCUCAGAUAUACCAUCCUUUUUUGGGAGGAAAAAACAGAGGAUUUAAGGAAAUGAAGUCCGGAAGUAAGAAGGCAAUGGACCUAUUGGCUGUACAGGAAUACCCAUGUACUUCUAACAUGAUGACCACCCACACAUACAAAAUGGAGCCACAGGCAUUUUCAGUGCUUAGUCCUUUUCAGUAAGCCCACCCGUAAACCUUCAUUUGUGUUGUUUUUUUUUUGUUGUUGUUUUUAUUUUUCUUCAACAUCGGACCAGGACAUCCAUGUAAGAUAGCUAUCCAGCGCAUUAUGGAUUAUGCGCAGCCAAACACCUCAACAAAAACUGAAGAGAAAAAAAAGAAAAAAAAUAACAGAGGGAAAAAAAACGAAAAGAGCGUAAAUAAAUAAGUAGGUGACAGGGGCUGCGAGACGUUCACUGACUCAAAAGGUGUCUCGUGUCUCUGAACAGUUCCGAUCUAAAGCAUUUACUUCCAGUUUUUUGACGCUCUUCCUCAUCAGAAGAUUUUUGACUUGAAAACUAGGAAGCGUUUGACUUUAGGGACCACGCCGCAGCUUAAGGCUGACUUUCUUCUCCUCUUGAAAAUGGCUCGAAACGACGAAGAAAAGUGCAAAGUCAGAGUGUGACUGUGGAGUGUGAAUGUACGAUCAUACUAGUCCACCGAUCCAAACAAACAUGACAUUAGCUGUGCUGCAACCGUUUUAAUACAGUAUUUGUUUUUAAGACCCUGGUGACCGCUAUCAAGUUAAAGUGUCAGUAUUAUCUCCAAUAAAAGUAUCUUAAAAGGA